UCAAAAUCAAAACAUGUACCAUGUUAUAUUACUAAUAUACAUGCUGACCAGCUCGGAGCUGAUGAAGGCGAGCGGUGUGGACGAGGCUAUGGAGAAAUACCGACCGGUUUGCAACGUGUACGGUUACAAGUUAGUUCGGGCCAGGUUUAGUUCGGAAACCCAUCUGCUUUGCCUCAAAUUGAAGUCUGUGGGCUCGUUACCCCUCACCACUCAUAAAACCAAGUUGAUCGUCGACCCAACCGAGGAAGACGAAGAAGACAAUCUAGUGGAGGCUCUGUCGUUGGCAGACGUCACCAUGGCGUACGGGUUCCCUGUGGAGGACCCAACGGCGGGGUCAGCUGAGGGGUAUAUUGGGGACGAUCAUCAUUUCUAUGGAGUUCUGCACCUGGGCAAUCGGACGCUUUAUGCGGAUCCAUACGGCAAAGACAACCACAGUAGAUCGUAUGGAGCGUUCGAGUAUGACGGCGUGGUGUCACCUCGGCCGCGUAGAGAAUACUUACAGACCCAGUUGGAGUUCUUGGAACACCUGCCAUUCUUCCCCUAUCAGAUAGAAGAUCAAAAGCCCGUAGCGGGCAUCGCUCGGGCAAGGAUCUGCGACCUGCUUCUCCUGGCUGACCAGAAGUUCUUCGAGAACGAUGCCAACUCUAGUCUGAACCAGGCUGUGAGGAGGAUGAUGCACGCAGUAGCGCAAGCCGACAUCAUAUUCAGGAAUGCUGAUUUCGACGAAGACGGCAUGCCUGAUAAUAUUGGAUUCUCAGUGAAGUACAUCCUAGUUCUAACAUCCUCGGAGACCAACAGCCGGGUGUUCGGGGAUCUGGUGCCGGACCCCGACAUCGACGGCCGCAGCUACCUUAUGAGGUUCGCGCGGCUGCGGCGCCUGUCCGAGGUCUGCCUGGGGGUCGCCUUCUCUGGGUACGCCUUUAGGAACCGCACACUCGGCCUAAGCUUCACAUCUCUGGGUGGAGGCAUGGGUGGGGCAGCUGGAGGAUUAUGCGAUAGACGGGCGUAUGGGCGGUCAUUCAACACCCUGGCUAUAUCACAUUCCACCACUGAAGACAAAGAGAGGGUGCCGGAGAGGAUAGCAGCGUUGACGCUGGCUCAUGAAAUGGGCCACAGUUUCGGUGCUCACCACGACGACAACUUCCCGAACCAGGAGUGCCGAGGGUUCCUCAUGAGCGCUCAGUCAACGACGGGAGAGAGCAGCAUGCAUUUCGAGUUCUCUGUAUGCAGCAAGCGAAGGAUCGCAGCCACGCUCAGUAGUAUGAGCUACUGCCUGACAGAGGAAGACAGGCCCUAUUGUGGAAAUGGCAUUGUGGAAGAAGGCGAGGCGUGCGACUGCGGCCUCCCAUCCCGGUGCAGCCACAGCGACCCGUGCUGCACGCCGCGAGCUGGCGGAGCGCUCGUGUUUGAAGAAGGCACUCUGCACAGAGAAGGAUGCUCCGUGGCGCCGUCAGCGAUGUGCCACCCGUCCCAAGGGUUGUGCUGCAACGCCACCUGCCACUACGUGGACUACACCAGUUAUGGCAUUGACUGCACAAAAAGCCAAGAGCAGGAAUGCUCCUGCGGGAACGAGACAGCUACAUGCGAGUGUGGCCUCAACGGCAGCUGUCUCCCGGACGGCGGCUGCCACGCGGCCGAGUGCGCGGCGCUGGGGCUCAAGGAGUGCUCGUGUGGCAAGACCGGCACUGGUGGUCUUGGCUAUCACAUCUGCGGUAUAUGCUGCCUCCUACCCAACAAGGCGUCACCAAACAGCGAGGGCAGGUGCAUGGGUGCCGAGAUGGCUGCCAUCGAAGUCCUGGCCAACACCACUAAGUGGCCGGAGAAGUGGCCCAUGGAUGAUUACACCGGACCGAACGUGACAGUAAGCAUAUGCAACAAAGUCUCCUGCCGCAAGGUGGCGGUGCGCGCGUGGCUGGAGGGCGGGCCGUGCGUCACACAGAACACGGUCGGGAUCUGCACGGCCAGGGGCGUCUGCAAGCGGCGGCAGACCACACCCAGAUCUAACGUCUACCCUCAUAUUAUGCACAAAAAACAACUCAUAAUUCGGAGAAGUGCGAGCAUACAGGUAUGGCCCAAGCCAGUUUUACUCCAGUUGAUUUUAAGUGUGUCGUACGUAUUGAAAUAAAACUUAAAAAAAUA